AUGGAGGCCUUCCUGGAGGAGUUUCAACAUCUUAAAUUCCAUCUGGAUGAGAUAAAGUUAGCCACCAAAAACUUUGAUAACAAUAACGUUAUUGGUAAAGGUGGAUUUGGGUAUGUGUACAAAGGAGUACUUUCUCAGUGUGAGGGGCAAGAUGUCGUGGCUUUUAAGCGUCUUGAUCGUGGAUAUGGACAUGAAAAUCUCAUCUCUCUCCUGGGAUUCUGUGAUGAAGAUGGUGAGAAGAUCCUUGUGUAUAAGCAUGCAUCUCAUAGAAGCCUCGAUAUCCACUUAAAUAACAUUACUCUUACAUGGGGGCAACGCCUCAAGAUAUUCCUUGAGCAACACACCUUUCUUGCAACGAAUGUUGUAGGCACCUUUGGCACAGGAGGUUACAGAUUGUUAGGAGAGAAGCUUUUGUAUUCAGCAGACAAGGUGACUCUUCUAAACAUACCAAUGGUUCUAAGGCACUAA